UGUAAAACUGCUAAUGUCUCAUUGAAUAACAUACAGUAAAAAUGCUUUGAUUGUUUUGUUGACAUUUGGACAACUGGAACACUUAGAAAGGUCAUUUGUCAUUUAUGCUAAAUUGACAUCAUGUGAGCAGGCAGACCGGAAGUCAGCACGCUGGUUGCCAAAAUGGUGCACUGGCUGGAUUAUUGGACUCCUAUUGGCAACAAAAGUUCAAAAGUAGGAAUUGGACAGCACUUGAGACAAAUCUAUGGUAAACAUAUGAAAUGAUGACUUUCUAUGCGGACAGACCUUCGCUGGACCUUGAAAACCACCGCCAAAGUUGUCAGUCUCACUGUGCCACCUCUCUUCUAUUAUAAUGAAUGAUAUAUUGCAAAUUAUGUCACAAAAAAAGUGGUAACAAUUCGUGUUAGGCAACUUUCAAACUUGAAUAAGGAAUGCUAUCAAUGUCUUGGCUAACGUUGGCUUGUACACAGUGCACAUCAUAGGUGAACACACCCGUGAGUGGUGUUGCUUGGGUCAGGGAGAACAUAGUAGUUAACAUAGAUGUCUUUUGUUAAACUGGAAUAGGAUCAGUUGACAAGAAGAGAGGAUGCAGUUAGUUUAGGGGUGGAAGAAAGGGGGUUUGAAAAAGGAGGGGUAAGGGGAUGAGGUUGUCGGGAAGGAGGGGGUGAUGCUCCUGCAAAGCCAUAAAAAGGGGAACUUGGACUUUGGAGCUUUGCAGUCACUUUUGCCGGCAGCCACAAACACUCCUCUCCAUCCCCCUCCUCUCUCGCUUACUCAACCCUUCAUUCAUCAGGAACCCUCUGCAAAUCCAUCUCCUUUCCAACUUCUCCCGCCUCAUGAUCAUGGAUGCCUCGACAAGGAUCUCCUCCCCAAGCGAUGCCCUCCUCCACCUCGUGGUGGUCACGACUCUGAUGCUGAGCCACGGCGUCCAUCCGAUGCCCGUGCCGACAGACGUCCCCAUGUGUACCGCCUCGGAACCAGCCCAGUACAGCUUGACUUUUACCGGCAAAUGGACACAAGCGGCAUUCCCAAAACAGUAUCCCGUCUACCGCCCCCCUGCACAAUGGUCCAACCUUGUUGGUGUGACCCACAGUUCCGACUACCACAUGUGGCAGCGUAAUGGCUUUGCCAGCAACGGAGUGAGGGAGUUCACGGAGAAAGGCGAAGCUUGGACGCUCAUGAAGGAAGUGGAGCAGGCUGGGGAACAGAUUCAGAGCGUUUAUGGCAUCUUCUCAGCUCCUGCGGUCAUAGGAGGCACCGGCCAGAGCAACACUGUGGUUGAGGUCUUUGCCAGACACUCCUAUCUGUCGUUUAUCGUGCGACUUGUUCCGAGCCCCGACUGGUUCGUGGGAGCAGAUAGCAUGGACCUGUGUAAUGGCGACCAAUGGAAAGACAGCAUAUCUCUGGAGCUCUUCCCUUAUGACGCUGGGACCGACAGCGGUUUCACGUUCUCCUCGCCCAACUUCGAGACUAUGCCGCAAGACAAAAUCACCCAGAUAACCUCAUCCUUCCCCAGCCACCCUGCUAACUCCUUCUACUACCCCCGCCUCAAGCACCUCCCACCCAUCGCCAAGGUAACGCUGACCAAGAUAAGGAAGACCAAUCAGAUCAUUAGCCUUCCAGUGAAGCCCACCGAGUCCAACCUGCUGCUGACGGGGAAUGAGAUUGAGAACAACCUCAUAAAAACGCCGCUGGACUGCGAGGUGUCGCCAUGGUCUCCCUGGGGCUUGUGUAAGGGCAAGUGCGGAGAUGCGGCGGGCCUGCAGUACCGCACGCGCUAUGUCCUCGUGCACCACGCCAACAACGGAGCACCCUGCCCCCUGCUGGAGGAGGAGCGGAAGUGCGUGCUGGACAACUGCUUAUGACUAGGCCUGGAAACUAGGCAGGAGAAGAAGAAGCGGAGGGACGAGGCAGGAAAGAAGGACCUGAAGAAGCGGCGAGGGCGAAAAAGACGUCGUAGGAGAUACAACAUUAAACAGUCUGCGGUUUAUUUACUUGAGUCGUGAACUGGACCUGCUCCUUAGUCAGUGUGAAAAUAAGCUUCAAAUGAGUCCUAACGAUGGAUCUGAGAUCAAAUGAGAGGUGUACUUUGAUAUCAUCACCAUGAAACAUUGAUUCAAUGUGCAGGUGAUCAAAAAGUGGAUUGAGGAUUAAUCAAACAGAAGAAGAAAAGAAUGUAUUUAUUUUCACAUACAAAUAUGAACGUAAUCAUUUUUCUUCGUUUUUGUAACACUAUUUAGGUGCUGGUUUCAUGCAGAAAAUAUUUUUGUACAAAACAAUAUGACAAAUAUAAAA